AGUGUCCGGUAGGGUACAUCAAGCCUUGAGAUAAUGGGCUUGUAAUCCUUUCCUGCACUUACAAAUCAUUAAUAUUUCAGGGGUCUACGUUCAGGAGAAGACUUUCAUGUUUAUGUGCAUGGAUCAUGAUGGNACUGUAGUUUUGAUGGACCCUGACUCACUGGAUCAAGUGGAAGUUUCAAAGGACUUGUUCAACAAGGACUGUUUGUAUCUACGAGAUGAAAUGAAAGUUAAAGUACAAUUUUAUGGUGACAAACCUUUAUCCGCAUCAGUACCAAAACGUGUAACAUGCAUUGUCAAGGAAGUNAUUUCAGCCACUACAAGGAGUAAAAAGGUGGUACUGGACAAUGGCCUUGCAGUUGAAGUACCGCUUCACAUUGUACCUGGUGAUGCCAUAGUUGUUAGUACGGAGCAUGACUCCUACAUAGAAAGGGCCAAAUCAUAGUGUGACUUCAGCCAGGAUUUGAAUAGAUAUCGAAGACUUCUGAAGCAGAAUGGCCCUUUUAUUCACCCUUCAAAAUUUUUUCACAUUUAUGGUUUAUGGGUGAGUGGGUACAACAACUAAUGCU